CUCGCUCUCUCCUCUAUGACGCCAUCACGUGUUUUCUUGGACAAAGAUGUUCAAACAACCGAAGAGUAUCUCACUUGGAUGAACGCGAACUUAUCUGUUGCCAACAGAGUUAACGCAGACGUUGUCACUAAGACUGAGACAAUGACCAUAGGCGAGCUCUUAUUCUAUAUUCAGCAGGAAGAUGCCAAGGUUGCUUGGUUUGAGUGCAUAGCAACCGUUGCUGAUGUUGUGCACGGUUCAUCCUGGUAUUACAUAGGCUGUGGUGUGUGCCACACUAAGGCAACCAAAGGGCCUACCACCCUUAUGUGUAAAAAAUGUGGGAAACCCGACAUUGUUGGUGUUCCACAGUACCUGGCCAAGAUCUCUGUGUAUGAUAAUGAGGAUCAGGCGUCUUUUGUGCUCCUCGGUGAUGCUGGACAUGAGUUAUCGGGAAGAAAAGCUUCAGAGUUGGUUGCAAGUUAUUUCGAGGUAAUUACAACCCUGUGUGCUUAUGUUAUUUGAAUCUAUAUUCUCCAAGAUAGCUAGAUAUAUAUAGUGACAGUUGUUUAAUGUAUAUUAGGCUAAUGAGAAUGUAGAAGAUGACCACUUGGUUCCGGUACCUCAGGCUCUUAUCGAUACCAUUGGACAGACUCGAAAAUUCAUUGUGAAGGUAUCAGAUCACAAUUUGACAGGCAAGACCCAAGCUUUGACUGUGACAGAGGUCCUCACCCCAGAAGAUCAAGAAGCUGAAGCCCAAGGAACUCUGCAGAAUGGAGUUGCUGAUGGUGAUCCUUCCACAUGCGCUGGGAUAGUGAAGAGGGCUGCUGAUAAGGUCAAGGCAGAAGACCCCAAGCGAGCCAGAUGUGGCUAGGAUGUGUUGAAUCGUGGUUUUAUGAUUACUAAGACUCUAUGCUUUGUUUUUUUUUUAAUCUCAGACUUUGUGUUUGCAACAUUGAACUAUCUUUCUUAUUGUCUCUGCAUAAUGUUUUUUACCUUAAGUUUGAUGUUUGAGCAUCUUUGUUUUGUUGGAUUUGAAGCUUUUACGAAUUUGGUUGUUUUAAGUCUUGCAGUUUACAUUUACAAAUGCAUUCACGAAUAGAUUUUUUAAGAAAAAAUUGUGUUCUAAUCAUUAAAGGUUUUGGUUUUGAGCAACCAUGUAGCAUCAUGCGAAUUUAACAUGGCUUAGACUGUUGGUCUAGGAGGUUCAACUGAUUCCAUUAUUAGGUUCAUAUUUUUUUUAAAGCAAGAUACUUAAGGACCUCAAGAAAGAGUUUGGUUGCAAUGGUACACUGGUUGCAAACACAAUAAUUGCAUAUAAAUAAAUAUAUUAUCAA